AUGACGAUGCUCUUUGCGUUCAUUUUACUCGUCAAUGCCAUCGUUUCGUCGUCGAUUCUCUUCCAGUGUUCCUCGUCGAAACGACCGCCCCAACAGAGGAAAUCGCACAGAGUAAGCGGCGGGAAAAGAAUACUCACAUUGCCUUUUUCAGUCGAACAAAUCGAGUCGUUCCCGUUCCCGUUCCCGCAAAAGCAGCCGGAGCGGACAAUCUUCCAAGUCCUCCAAGUCCUCCAAAUCCGGCAAAUCCAGUGCCGUCCAACAGAAUUCCUCCAGAGGACGCAGCAAUGUGAGAGCUCUUUGUCUUCUCGAGCAUCGCAAUCAAUUUUCAGAAAAAAGUUCGUGCCGCAAUUCUGGCGGAUCAGCAAGCGGCACAAGCGGCAGUGAAACCGAAGGUUCCGGCGGACUCUCCGUCCGAAAAGUCCGACAAAAUCUCGUACGCGAACGUGCGAGUCAGUCCGCACGAGGUGACAUUCCGUCCGAUCGGAGGCCUCAAAGACGUGCGCGUGCGGAAUUUGACGGGAAAACGGGCGGCGUUCAUGGUGAAAUGCUCGGACAAUCUGCUGUUCAGCAUCAAUCCCGUCUACGGUAUCAUCGAAUCGGACGGCGAGGCUAAAAUCAAUAUUCUGCGCGAGAACGCCGAACCGAAGCAUGACAAGCUGGUGAUUAUCACUACUUCGGUGAGCAAAAAUGUCUCUAAUCUCGAGCCUUUGGUGUUCUUUUUCAGCAAACGGACAAAAGCAAAACGGCCGAGCAGACGUUUGCCGAGAUCUACAACACAAAUUCGCAGAACUACAAUAUCAGUGUGGUGCCGCUGCUCGGACAGUGCUAG